AUGGAGCUUCCGGGCGCGGUCAGCGGUGACGAGCUGCUGGAGGCGGGCGCCGCGCUGGACCCCCGCGGGGCAUCGCGGCCGCCGGCGGGCGGGCGCCGGGCGGCCUCCCUGGCGCUGGGGGCGCUGGCGGCGGUGGCGCUGACUGCGGCGGCCGCGGCGCGGUGGGCGCGGCCCGCGGCCAGAGGAGGGGGCCUCGCCGCCGGGGGAGUCGUCACCCUGCAGGACCGGGAGAGGAGGGUGAGGGCGCGGGCGGGGACGACGGCGCGCCCGCCGCUUGCGCCCCGCUGGACGGCGAGUGCACGCAGUCCAAGUGCUGCGCCGACGGGGGAGGCAGCGGCUACCAGUGCUACGCAAAGAACGAACGACGACUGGGCGGUGUGCCUGGAGAGCUGCCAGGAGGGCGCGCACGAGGACGAGACGGAUGGCGAGUACGACCAGUACGGCCAGUUCCAGAAGUUCGAGUGGAGCUGCAAGAAGCUCGGAGACCGCUCCCUGCCAGCGUGCGGCAGCUUCGAGUCCAAGAAGAAGUGCGACCCGGCACGAUGCACGUGGACCGGGGAAGCUUGCAGGGAGACGUGUUCCCUGUUCGCUUCUGCGGAGGAGUGCAGUACGGACAGCUGCACCUGGGACGAAGCGUGUAUUGACGCCUGCAGCACCUUCGGCAACGCCUCGGCCUGCCCGAGCGAGCGCUGUGAGUGGUUGGGGGACUCGUGCGUCAAGGCGUGCUGGAAGAUGUCCCCCGACAGCUGCGACGAUUCCCGCUGUAUCCUCGGUGACGAAGGCUGCCAGGUCGACCCCUGCUCUGCGCCUGGGGAGGACUGCUCGAAGACGAAGUGCUGCAGCGCAGAUCGCGGCGGGCAGGGCAUGACCUGCUUCAAGAAGGAUAGCACCUGGGCGAGCUGCAGCGAAGAGUGUGUCAAGGAAGGGGGCCCAGACGGCAGCAAGUGGAGCUGCGCACAGUUGGGCAACCGGACGCCGAUGUCGGUCUCGUGCGCUUGGGGGGGGGAUGACUGCAGCAAGACGAAGUGCUGCGCCAACGACGGGUUCACCUGCAUCAAAAAGGACGAGCUCUUCAGCGGCUGCCAGCAGACGACUGCAAAGACCACUUGGGUCACCAAACAGGUCGAGGUCCCCGCCGACUGGGACGGCACCGUGCUCGGCUACGGCCACGGCGAGAGCCAGUGCAGACAGGCCGGCGAGGGAGAGGCGGUGGCGGGCACGUCGCUGUACUGCUUCGUGGCGAUCAUCCCCGACUCGUCCGAGGCGGAGCUCAUGCAGGUAGCCGAGCAGCGCAAUGCGGGCAUGUACGCCUGUGAUGCGCAUGACCUGUUUCACUCCUGGGAGUCCGGCAGCGCCGGCUGGGACACCGGCGAGUCCACUCUGGUGAACACCGACGUGUUCAUAAAGAUCUUCAGCCAGGUGAAGGAGAAAGGCACCUUCCUGAAGCACGACUGGACAAUCAAGGCGGACGCGGACUGCGUCUUCGUACCCGAGCGGGUCCGCGGGCAGAUCAGCUCGUUCAACCCACCAGCCAGCACCUCCAUAUACCUCAAGAACAACGGUCAGGACCCAGACCUGGGAAACCACGGUUUCUUGGGCGCGAUCGAGAUCUUCUCGAGGAAGGCCAUGCAGAUGUAUUUCGACAACGCCGAAGGCUGCGAGAAGUUCUUCGGGCUUGGCUGCGGCGAGGACGGCUUCUUCAAGGGCUGCAUGGACGCGCUGGAGGUGUGCUUCGUACCCGCAUACGACAUGCAUGACGCUUCGCGCGAGCACUGCUGGACACCUGCUUGCUCCCCCGAGGAGAACAGGGCGGCCUUCCACCCCCUGAAGACCAAGGAGAAGUGGAACGAGUGCCUGGACCUCCUCGAGGGCAAGGCCGCCUGGCAGCAGCAGCAGUAG